UAUUCGGUUCAAAUGUCUUCCGCAUUCAUAUUUCUCCUGAAGGACACGUGUUUUUGAUAUGUGUUUAAUACCUAAUUUUUUAAGCAAAUGAAGUUUCGUUGCUGUUUCGUGUCGUCUGCGGUUCUAGUAUUUGACUAACAUUGUGUAUUUGAGUGAACAGAAAGUGUGGAGAUCUCACUCAGAAGUGUUCGAGGGUCUGUUCAGCUUCAUCAUGGAUCAAACACAAACACCUCGAGAUGAAGAGUUUUCUCCAGGAUGCAGUUCAGUUGAUCAGAAGAGAUCAGAAGCAGAGUCCAGCUGUGUGUUUAUGAAGAGUGACGAGUCUAUAGGUCAUCCACAACAUUUCAGUUCAGUUCACCAGAAGACAUCAGAAGCAGACUCCAGCCGUGUGUCUAUGAGGAGUGAUGCUUCUAUGGCUCGUCCAGUUCAUUUUAAGAGUGAUGACACAAGGUCAGACCAGCAACACAGAACAGUAACAAAACCCGACUGUAAGAAAUAUGACCAGCCUGUGAAUCAACCACAAGACAGCACGUGUCCUGGUGUAAGCCAUGAAGUCCUCAACACGUUCAGAUCAAAUCUGCUGAAGAAGUUUGAGCGUGUGUAUGAGGGAACAGCGACGCAGGGAAACCCAACACUCCUGAAUGAGAUCUACACAGAGCUCUACAUCACAGAGAGUGAGAGUGGAGAGAUCAGUAAUGAGCAUGAGGUGAGACAGAUUGAGACACAAUCCAGGAGAGCAGCAACAGAGGACACAGCCAUCAAAUGCAAUGACAUCUUUACACCUUUACCUGGACAAGACAAAGCCAUCAGAACUGUGCUGACAAAGGGAGUCGCUGGCAUUGGAAAAACAGUCUCUGUGCAGAAGUUCAUCCUGGACUGGGCCGAAGGGAAAGAGAAUCAGGACGUCCAGCUCAUAUUUCCACUGCCUUUCAGAGAAAUCAACCUGAUGAAGGACAAAACACUCAGUCUUUCAGAUCUUCUUCAUGUGUUUUUCCCUGAAACUAAAGAAAUGGAAAUAUCCAGUGAUGAAUAUAAAGUGUUGUUCAUCUUUGAUGGUCUGGAUGAGUGUCGUCUGUCUCUGGAUUUUCAGAGCGCUGUGAGGUUGUGUGAUGUAAGUGAAUCAGCCUCAGUGGAUGUGCUGCUGAUGAACCUGAUUGUGGGGAAUCUGCUUCCCUCUGCUCUCAUCUGGAUCACCUCCAGACCAGCAGCAGCUGAUCUCGUCCCCUCUGAGUGUGUCCAUCGAGUGACAGAGGUACGAGGCUUCAAUGAGCCACAGAAGGAGGAAUACUUCAGGAAGAGAAUCAGUGAUCAGAGUCUGGCCAAUACAAUCAUCUCACACCUGAAGUCAUCAAGGAGCCUCUACAUCAUGUGCCACAUCCCAGUGUUCUGCUGGAUCUCAGCCGCUGUUCUGGAGAAGAUGUUGAGUCCAGCAGAGAGUGGAGAGAUUCCCAAGACUCUCACUCAAAUGUACACACGCUUCCUGAUCCUUCAGACCAACAUCAAACGUGAGAAGGACUAUGAGAAGAACCUAACAGAUGAAGACGUGAUCCUCAAACUGGGGAAAGUGGCUUUUGAGCAGCUUGUGAAAGGAAACCUGAUCUUCUAUGAGGAAGACCUGAGAGAGUGUGGCAUUGAUGUGACAGAAGCAUCAGUGUACUCAGGAUUGUGCACUCAGAUCUUCAGAGAGGAGUUGGGCUUGUAUCAGGGGAAAGUCUUCUGCUUUGUUCAUCUGAGCAUUCAGGAACAUCUAGCAGCUCUAUAUGUGCACCUCUCCUGGACAAACCACAACAGAAAUGUGAUUGUCCAAAUCACCAAACAGAGUUUGUGGUCUAAAGUAAAGGACUGGUUUCAGCGCAAUUCAUCAGAACAUGUUUCAUUAUCUGAGCUGCAUCAGAGAGCUGUGAAAGAGGCUCUACGGAGUAAAAAUGGACAUCUGGAUCUUUUCCUGCGGUUCCUCCUGGGUUUGUCCGUGAAGUCUCAUCAGAUUCUCCUACAACGAAUAAUGACGCUGAAAAGAAGUAGAUAUGAAAGAAAUGAGAAAACAGUUGAGUACAUCAAGAAGAAGAUCAGGACCAUUGGCUCUCCAGAGAAAUCCAUCAAUCUGUUCCACUGUCUGAAUGAACUGGGUGAUCGUUCACUAGUGGAGCAAAUACAACAGUAUCUGACAUCUGGAAGAAUAAAGGAAGCUAAACUCUCAUCAUCUCAGUGGUCAGCUGUAGCUUUUGUGUUGUUGACAUCAGAAGAGGAACUGAAUGAGUUUCGUGUUGAGAAGUUUGUUAAAGGAAACAAUAAGCCUGAAAAUCAGAAAGUUCUUCAGAAGCUGCUGCCUGUGAUUAAAGAAUCCAGAUCAGUUCGGUUGUAUAAUUGUGGUGUCACAGAUGAAGGUUGUGCUGAUCUGGCUUCAGCUCUGAGAUCAAACCCCUCACACCUGAGACAGCUGGAUCUGUCUGAGAAUAAACUAGGAGAUUCUGGUCUGACACUUUUCUGUGCUGGAGUAGAGGAUCCUCACUGUAAACUGGAGAAAUUGUGGUUGUAUAAUUGUGGCGUCACAGAUGAAGGUUGUGCUGCUCUGGCUUCAGCUCUGAAAUCAAACCCCUCACACCUGAGAGAACUGAAUCUGUCUGAGAAUAAACUAGGAGAUUCAGUGAAGCUGCUUUCUGAUGUACUACAGGAUCCUCACUGUAAACUGGAGACACUGUGGUUGAGUAAGUGUGGCGUCACAGAUGAAGGUUGUGUUGCUCUGGCUUCAGCUCUGAGAUCAAACCCCUCACACCUGAGACACCUGGAUCUGUCUGGGAAUAAUCUAGGAGAUUCAGUGAAGCUGCUUUCUGAUGCACUACAGAAUCCUCACUGUAAACUGGAGACACUGUGGUUGAGGAAGUGUGGCGUCACAGAUGAAGGUUGUGCUGCUCUGGCUUCAGCUCUGAGAUCAAACCCCUCACACCUGAGAGAACUGAAUCUGACUGUGAAUAAAGUAGGAGAUUUUGGUAGGAAGUUACUCUCUGAUCUGAGGAUGAUCCACAUUCUAAACUGGAGACAUUAGACUAUCUGUCUGGGAGUGAUAGAUUUAUAACAGUAAAUUAUCAACAACUCUAUGGACAGUUGUUCAUUUAUAUUUCUGGCUGUAAUAUCAGAACGUCAGUCCAGUUUCGUCAGGAUCAGCUGAUGGUGAAUAAGGAGCUGCUACAGAGACGUCACAGUCACACAAUCAACAGACUGAAGACACAGAGACACACAGCGUCACACUGUCACUAUUUCCUGUUAUACAGGCCCACGAAAACGAGUGACUGAAAAUUAGUUACUGAAACAUGAAGAGAAUUAGCUCACCAUUGCAACAGUGUAUGGUUUAUCAGUGUUCUUCAAGCCAUCUCAGGUAUUUUUCAUAAGGAUAAUGUAUAUUUAUAAUGCAGUGCUAAUCGACACAGCCUUUAUCACUGUAUAGAAUACUGUAAAAUAAUGUAAUUUCUGCCUCAUUCUGUGAUCAGCCAUGUUGAAUUGCACUAACUGAAAAGAAUACAUUGCAUUAACAGUGCAUUAUAUUAAUGCAUUACAUUUGUGGCAGAGCAGCCUAAAAAUGUCAACAAACAACAGAUCGCAGUGUAAUGAGGUGUAGCAGACCAGUGCAAACAUUUCAGAUAUUGGAGGGGAUACUGAUACAUUUUUUAAGGCAGUAUAGAUGUAUCCUUUGCUGCAUGUGAUAUUUCACAUUCAUGUGCGUAGUGAUGGGAGAAAUUAAACUUUUCGAAAACUUUGAAUCAGUUUAACCAAUUGAUUUGCAAAAUGAUUCACUUGAAGUAGUAAUGGGGGUAACACUUUACAAUAACAGUACAUGAAUUAUCAUGUACUAAUACCUUAAUUAAUAAUUACUUGACUAUGAACUAAUGAAGAGUUAAGACAUGUAUUAAUCAAGAACUAAUGAAGAACUAACUUAACUACGACAUGAGUCAUAUGAAUUACCGCAUGAAUAACACCACCUUAAUUACAUGUUAGUUCCUGCAUGUUAGUUAAUGUAUUAAUUAACACUUUGGGGUAAACUAAAUCAAACAUGCUCUAGAAGAAAGAUUCAUGAAAAUGGCACACUGCGAAAUUGUUUAUAAAUUUUCCACCUGCAGCUGUCACAAACAUCAGUGAAUGACAGUGGAUUUCUUGCAAUAUUUACGUUUAACCUAACUCAUCCAACGCACAAUGAUGCAUUCAUAAUUAAAAACAACUUCAUCUCAUCCUGUUUUGAGUGAUUCCACUGCUGCCCUCCUACAAUAAUGUAUUCAUUAAGCAGAUGCAAUUUUCCAAAUUAAAAUCAGUGUUAGCAUAGAGAUGAUGGUUAUGUUAUGGAUUGGUUUACUAUCUUUAUAUCAUAAUAAUGCAUCCAAAUGCAGCCACAUGACCUCUGCUCUUCCACUUUUUUACAAACCACCAAAAAACACCAAAUAUCUGAUUUAGAUGAGCUGAAUCUGUAUAAAACAUGUGUAAUUGAUAACUUUUUAAAGAUGUGCCCCUCCAAGACAACUCAUGAAUUCAUGUUAAGUUAUAAGUAAUUAAUGAUGAGUUAAUAAUAUUGUGCCCCCCCAAGUAAAGUCAUGGCAUUAUGAUACAUUAACAAGGCAUGAGUUUAUGUUAGUUAGUCUAUGAGUAGUUAAUGAUUUAUUAAUAAUGUGUACAGUCAAGUAAAGUCCAACUUAAUCUGAUAAUUCAUAUAAAAUGUGGUUCUAUAAAACGUACAUUUACUUAUGUUUUUACAGGCACUAAAACGUACAAUACUAACGUAUUUUCAGCAUCUAAAUGUACAAAUACUUACGUAUUGACAAAAAUGAAUCCUUAUGAAUAAAACAGCAGGUGAGAAGCUGUGUUAUUUUAGUAGUAUUUGUAAACUAUUAUUGCGUUUAUUACAGUUUUUCUCAGUCGCUUUGGUGCAUUUCUCGAAUCAGAAAUGAAAUUCUC